AUGUCAAGGAUCAAUAUUGAAAUUUUUACUGUUGACGCUUUUACUAAGAGCCCUUUUUCUGGAAAUCCAGCAGGCGUCUGUAUUUUAGAAGACUCUGAAAUUAAAUCUAUUGAUCAACGUUUCCCUUCAGAGGAGGAAAAAGACAAUUUCUACAAGUUAAUUGCUCGUGAAAUGAACUUAUCCGAGACUUGUUUCUUAUGGAGAGUUGGUUCAAGUUUUGAUCGUUACAAAUUACGUUGGUUUACUCCAACAGUUGAGGUUUCUUUAUGUGGGCAUGCUACUCUUGCUUGUUCUAACAUUUUGUUCGGUAGACUGGAAUCAGUUGACAAGUUGUUUUUUGAAACAAAAAGUGGAGAGUUGACUGUAGAAAAGGAUAAUGGAAUUUUGAAAAUGAAUUUUCCUCAAGGAGAUCCACAAUUAGUUCAUCAAAAUGGUUCAAGCCUAUUUGAAACAUCAACCUUGGUGGAAUUAUUGAAAAAUAUCAAUAUCACAUGUGAAAAUGAGACAAUCAAUGACAUUGUUUCAGAAAUACUUUUGUGUAGAAAAACAAGAAAACUAUUGAUUAUUGUAAAAGAUUUCCAUCUAGUUCUUUGUGCUGAACCAAAUGAGCAAGCUUUGUUAAGUAUGGACUUUAAGAAUGAUGAUUUGAAUGCCAACAUAAGAGGUAUUUCUGUCAGUAUGUCUGUAAAUGAGAUGAGUGAGGAAAAUAAGAAAACUUUCACCAAAAUGACAACAUCAGAUGUUAAUGAAAUAGAUUAUGUCACUAGAUAUUUUUCUCCAUGGAAUGGAAUUAAGGAAGAUCCUGUAAAUGGUUCAAGUCAAACAUCGAUGGCACUUUACUACUCAUCCAAGCUAAAUAAGAAAAAGUUGAUAUGUUUUCAAGCAUCUAAACGUACUGGAAUUUUAUUUGUAGAGCCAAUUGAAGGUGGAAGAGUAUCAAUUGGUGGUAAUGCAACCACAAUUAUGCAAGGUAAAAUGAGUGUAUAA